CAUCAAACCACAAACCUAGACCAAAACCCCCAAUUGUCUUUACUCCUCAGGCUCCAAGUAGAAGUCUAGAAAUGCUCCAAAAUUAGGGUUUGAUUCACUUUCAUUGAAAGAGGUGAGUGAGUUGAUUGAUCCCCCAUCAAUCCCCCUUUUCACAAAUCUGAACCAUAAGGUAACUAAACAAAUUAAAAGGGCUUGCCGCAAAAACUUGUACAAAGGUAAAAAUUUAUAUGCAAAGAACCCAUGGAGUGAAUCGUCUCGUUUUCAACUCCGAUCACUGUUUCUCUCAUGUUUUAAGUCAGAAAUUGUAUCAAUUUUUACUAUCAGUGUGUUGUUUGUGAUAGAAAGGAAAAAAGAACCGGAAUCUUGAUGUCAAAAUAUGGCCUAUGUUUCUGAAUUGAAAAAUGGGUCGGAUUUGAAUUCGAUCGAGAUUCCAGGAGCUUGUAGAAACGAUGAAGUGUCUGUAAAUCCGGAUUUAUAUGUAAAGUAUGAAUGUAUGGAUGCCUCUAUGGAUGAUAAUGGAUUGAGGGAAUUGUUUGAUCAAGUUCUUUCGUUUUUCUUGAAAGAAGAAUCUGUGAAGAAAAAUGUGUUUAGGCCUUUUCCACCUAAACUUGGUGAUGGAGUGGAAGCCGAUUUAUUUAAGCUGUUCUUGACUGUGAAGAGAAUAGGGAGUUAUGAACUUGUUUCAAAGAAUAACAUGUGGGAAUUUGUUGCAAAAGAAUGUGGGUUUGAAAUUGGGCUUGAGGCAUCUUUGAAGCUGCUUUAUAUCAAGUAUUUGAAAGAAUUGGAUCAAUGGCUGAGUGAAGGAGGAUUUAAAGAUAAUAUUGACACUGAUGUUAUAGCGAAACUAGAUCUUUUGUCACACCACUUGGAUGAAUAUAUAUGUUUUGAGUCUAAUCAGAUUGGAAAAUCUUUAUGUCACGAUGAAAUUAUUGGAUUCAAAGAUGAGGGUACAUCGGGGUUUAAUCAAAUUGAGGGAGGAAUGAAUCUUGAUGUGCCAUUUUCAAGAAUCAAUGGUGAUGAUAAUGAUGAAGAAUUUAGGGUUUUGGAUGACAAAAGAUGCGAGUUAUCUUCAGAUAAUGCUGUAAAAAAGGUAGGACUUUCAGUGAUCAAUGAUGAUGAUGAUGAUGAUAAAGAGUUAAGUCUUGAUGAUGAAAAACAAAUCGAUUCAUCAAUCAAGAUUGUUGUGGAUGAGAUAAUUAGAUUUCAUUCUGACAACAAUGCUAUAUUAACUGCUGAGAAUGAUGAUGAUGUCAGCAAUGUUGUGAAGAAUGUUAGUAGAUCUUCAAAGAGGAAGAGGGAGAAAGAAUCUUUGUUGUUAUCAGAAAUGGUAGAUUGGGUAGCAAAUGCUGCAAGGAAUCCUCAUAAUAUGGCCUUUAAAACUUCACAAAGAAGUUCAAAAUGGAAAAAAUAUACAGGUGAUAAACUAUGGAAGCAAGCUUUGUUAUCAAGAAAAGCCCUUUUUGCAGAAAUUAGUUUUGAUUCAGGGAAUGAAGCAAAAGGUUCUUCACAGAAAAAGAACCAGAGGAUGCAUCCUGCAAUGUAUGAAGAUGAUAACAGAGUUAAUACUUCUGAAGUAAAAGUAUGCUGCAAAAGUGCCACGUCAGCAGAACAAUGCACAUGCACAAACUGCAAUUUGCGUACAUCAUCUCGAAUGAAACGUGAAUCCGGAAAGCUCCGGAUGCAUGAAAACACGGGCCCACCACAAAACCAAAAGCAUAACCUGGGCCCACUGUAUCAAGCUGUAGUGCCAGCAUGGACAGGUGUAGUGACUCAGAGUGAUCCCAAGUGGCUAGGCACCCAAAUGUGGCCCCCACCAGAUGACAUCAACAAAAAGGGUAAUUUGGUAAUUGGGUUAGGAAGACAAAAUGUAUGUGAUUGUGAGUGUCUGUUUAAAGGGUCUGCUGAAUGUGUGAGAUUUCACAUUGCUGAAAACAGAUAUAAACUGAAACUCGAACUUGGUGAUCUUUUUUACAAAUGGAGAUUUAAUCAAAUGGGUGAAGAGGUGUCACUUUCAUGGGAACCUGAAGAGGAAAAAGUAUUCAAAAGUUUAGUGAUAAAAGCAAGACAUGAUUUAGCACAUAGCAACAAGAGUAGACAUGAGAUUAUGAAUAAGUUUUGGAAAAGAGGUGCGUAUAUAAUUCGUGAUAAAUCAAAGCAAAAUCUUGUGAGUUAUUACUUCAAUGUGUUUGUGUUGAGAAGAAGAAGUUAUCAGAAUCGAGUGACACCUAAAGAUAUUGACAGUGAUAAUGAUGAAGAAGAGGUGGGGUCCGUUGGGGACAGAUUUGGGUAUGAAAAGAUUCAUGGGUUGUUGCUAAAAUGCUCAGAGAAUAUGCAGUGUAGAGAUCUUGAAUCUUGAUUGUUUAAUUGUUGUUUCUUUUUGUUGUGUUUUUCUGUGAAAUUUUCUUAAGAUUCUUGUAGUAGGAAUCUUGAAGUGUCAUCGCAGUCUUUUUUGUUUUUUUAGUUUUUAUUGGACUACAGUAGAUAUGUUUAGUAGAUUGUGUGAACUUAUUUUAGUUUUGAUGUUGUUGAAAGAUGGCAUUUUUUUUCAGGU